CGGCCCGGCCGGCGCAGCCCCGCGGUAGGGAUCAGCAUCUAGGAGCAGCUACACAUGGGACUGGCAUCACUGGUAGGAUCCGGAGCAUCCCACCACCGUCUGCCUGGAUAAACAUCACCCGUGAAUCCAUCUGCUUGUGACAUGCCAGGGCCAGGCUGCUCCGGCAAGAUGCUGGUGACAUUUGAGGACGUGGCCAUGCACUUCUCCCCUGAGGAAUGGGCUUUGCUGGCUGGGUGGCAGCGGCGGCUCUACCGGGAGGUGAUGCUGGAGAACUACCAGGUGGUUGCGUCGCUGGGUGAGGAGUCUCCUGGUGCUGCUGGGCCAGGAAUUCAUCCCGUUGGGUGUGCGCCCUUCUGGCUGAAGGAGGCCUUUGGAGGGAAAUGGAGCCAUGGCUGCUGUGGUUUGAGUGCUGGCAGAGCUGCGGUGGGCAUAGGGAGGGGUCGUCUUGGUGAUGCCUCCCGUGGAGAGUGGUGCUGGUGGGAUGGGAUAGAGAUGGGAAUGGGGUGA